AUACAAAUAUUCAGAUAAUGGAGUUCCAAUAUGGUUUAUGCUUAGCAUUCACUUCCCUCACUGUACUGAUCUGAACAUCAAACCUGACCUGCAAAUUGUAAUUAUGGCAUCUACAUCCCUAAUAAAGAGUGAUGGGGCAGUCAGUUGUUUAGAAACAGAUAAAGAACAAGGCUUUCUUCAGACUUUUUGACAAGAUCUGUGGAACUAAGGGAAGUGAAACGUUCAAAGAACAUACCUUGCAUUUUGAGAGUUCAUACAUUUCCCCAGCUUCUAAUAGUGCCUCCAGAGCACGAUCUGCUGUUCAAGCCAUCCUCUUGUCCCAGAAAACCUCGUCUCUGGUUGCCGAUUCACAGAAAAAAAUCAAUGAAAAGGCCCACAAGCCCGGUCAGUAAAUAAAGGACAGCUUGGUGAAAGUUCCUCCAACAUUCUCCACUUGGGACUUGGACGUGAUGGCGGCUCUUGUCUGGACGCGCUGCGGCAACAAGACCUUAAAGACCUUCAUCACCAAGACCUUAAAGACCUUCAUCACCGCCGCCAAAGGCAGCAGAAUCUCAACAACUCGUCCUUUCUCCUGGGCGACGUCUGGAAGGACCGCCAGUCUCCUCACAAGUGGAGGUGCAGCCAUCCUGGUGGGAGUCCCCACCUUCUCCAGUUUGGUGUAUGGAUCCUACAAGAAGGUGCAGAGGUCUGCUGUGGUCCUGGCUUUAGAAAAAGACGAGGUUCUAGAGCAGGCAGACUACCUUUACAGCUGUGCUGAGACGGAGAAACUCUACCAACUACUUCAGCAGUAUAAAGACAGUGACAAUGCAGAGUUCCUGUGGAGGUUGGCCCGGGUGUCACGUGACAUGUCAGUACUUCCUGAGGUGGACGCUGACAGGAAGAAGCAGCUGAUGUACGAAGCCUAUCACUAUGCUACUACGUCUCUGGAGAGAGACGACUCUUGUUAUGCAGCACACAAGUGGUAUGCAAUAUGUCUGAGUGAUGUGGGCGAGUACGAGGGAGUCAAAGUGAAAAUAGGAAAUUCUUACACAAUUCGGGAACAUCUUGAGAGAGCACUCACACUCAACCCCAAAGAUGCAACCUCCUUCCACAUUCUGGGUUACUGGUGUUUUGUGUUUGCUGAGUUGCCAUGGUACCAACGCAAGGUGGCAGCCGUCAUGUUCUCCUCUCCUCCCACGUCCACCUACCAGGAGGCUUUGCAGUUCUUCCUGCGAGCAGAAGAAGUGGAGCCCAACUUCUACAGCAAGAACAUGUUGAUGCUGGGCAAGACCUACCUGGCCCUCCAGGAGCCUCACCAGGCUCAGCUGUGGUUGACCAAGGCCAGAGAUUACCCUGCACACACCCCGGAGGACAAGGAGGUGCAUAAAGAAGCUGUUGACCUCCUGAAGAAGUUCAGAUGAAAGCAACACAUUUCAACCUUUCUUUUAUUGUGAAGAUCAUCUACAUAAGUUAUUUCACUUCCUCUCCUACAAAAUAAAAGCGCACUCAUGGCCAGGCA